GCGCACCGGCAGCCCCUCUCUGCUGACUCAGUGCCUUUAAGCAGUCCCUUCGCCCCGCGGUACAGCAUCCACACGCCGACGCAGCUCCUCCGGUCAACGCGCCCCGGCACCGCCGCUCCCACAGACACCAUGGCCAAGACCGCGAUCGCUUACAAAGAGAAGAUGAAGGAGAUUUCAGUUCUCUCGCUCAUCUGCUCAUGUCUGUACCCCGAAACACGCAAGAACGUCAUGGGCGACUUCGAAGACUUGGACAUCAAGCCCAUCAACAAGCGCGCCUCAGGCCAGGCCUUCGAGGUCAUCCUGAAGGCGGCGUCUCCCGUGUCUGAAGUGGCCCACUGCGUUACAACCCCCCCGAAGAGGGACAUCUCCCUGGAGGACAUCCAGAAGAAACUGGAGGCGGCCGAGGACCGAAGGAAGUCCCAGGAGGAGAAGGUGCUCCGAUUCCUGGCCGAGAAGCGGGAGCACGAGCGGGACGUGCUGCUGAAGGCCAUGGAGGAGAACAGCAACUUCAGCCGCAUGGCCGAGGAGAAGCUCCAGAUGAAGAUGGAGCAGAACGAGGAGAACCGGAUGGCCUACCUGUCCGCCAUCAUGGAGCGCCUGCAGGAGAAGGAGAAGCACGCUCAGGAGGUGCGCAGGAACAAGGAGUUGAGAGAAGAGGUGACAGCGUGAGAAGCCCAGCGACGAGCUCCGCCACGCCCUUCCCCUCCACCCCCAUCUCCUCACACCCGCUACCACUCCCUGCCUUACCCCCCCCCACCUCUCCCCCCCCCCUCCUCCUCCUCCCUCCAUCCACCCCCCAUGUCACAGUGAAACUACCACAGCUUGAGACGCCACCCUGAGACAGCGGAAGUUUCGAACGGGGUGGAAAACGAUUUGCAAAAAUGAUUGAAAAAAGGUUAAAAAAAAAAAAAAAAAAAGAACAAGCAAACAAGAGAAACAUCAAUGUCUUCAGUCCACUUUUUCCCAAAAGAGAAUGUUUUUUGCUCUGUUUGAAAAG